AUGGCAAAAGUGGAAGGACACUCUGACCCUCAAUUCUCGGAACUCCGCUCCUAUUUCGAAGAGCAAAUUGCCGCGGGCGAAGAACUAGGGGCCUCAAUCUGCGUCAACAUCGACGGCAAAAAUGUCGUGGAUAUCUGGGGCGGUUGGUCGGACGAAGCCAAAACCGUGCCCUGGACUCAAGACACCAUUGUCAACGUGUGGUCGUCGACCAAGACCAUCGCAGCCCUGGCCACUUUGAUCCAAGCCGAGCGCGGCGCCCUCAGCGUGGACGACCCAGUCUCCAAAUACUGGCCUGAGUUCGGGGAGAAUGGCAAAGACGGUGUUCUCGUCCGUCACUUCCUCUCUCAUACCUCUGGAGUAUCGGGCUGGGAAGGCCCGAUCACCUAUGAAGAGGUAUAUGACUGGAAUCUUUCGGUGUCGCGCCUGGCCAAGCAGGCUCCCUGGUGGGAGCCGGGGACGCAGUCGGGAUACCACUCUGUGACGAUGGGCCAUUUGCUCGGCGAAAUCGUGAAGAGGACCGGUGGCAAGCCCAUGAAACAGUUUGUGGCCGAAGAAAUCGCUGGCCCAUUGAAGGCGGACUUCCAGAUUGGUGCGCUGGAGAAAGACUGGUCGCGGAUUUCACCCGUUAUACCACCACCACCCAUGUUUGACUUCUCUCAACUUGAUCCAGACUCCUUAACGCGUAAAACCUUUGCAAAUCCGCCCAUCGAUGCCAACGUCGCAAAUACCCCUGCAUGGAGACAGGCGGAUCUUCCGGCCGUGAACGGGCAUACCAAUGCCCGAGGCCUUGCCAGGAUGCUGUCUGUUAUCACAUUAGGGGGAACGGUCGACGGCGUAAAGCUCCUCUCUCCCGAGACCAUCGACUCGAUCUUCCGCGUCCAGUCCAGCGGCGUCGAUGCGGUCAUCGGUGCGCCUUUGACAUUCGGCAUCGGCUACGGCCUGGCAGAUGAGACCACCAGAAGCACGGUUCCGUGGCUGCCCCCAGGCAACCGCAUCUGUUUCUGGGCCGGUUGGGGUGGUAGCGCUGGAAUCAUGGAUCUCGACAGGAAGAUCACCUUCGCAUACACAAUGAACUCAAUGGGCCCGGGAGUGUUGGGAAACCGUCGCACCGAAGAAUAUUUCAAGAAGGUAUACAAGGCUUUGGGCGUUGAAGGGUAUUGA